AUGGCGGUGUGGAGGAACUACUGGACACUAGAUCCUAUACAGGGAGCUGAUCACCCAGAGGAACCACUACAGUCUGGAGACAGAGGGGCCGCAACCACCAAAAGUGACUUCAUGGACCUCAUGGUUCACAUAUGCACCAUCUUCCAUGCCGACCUGGCGGUGGUACAGGAAGAACUGACGGCUGUCACAGACAGGGUAAAAGCAACAGAGAAAGAGGUGUCCUCCCUCUCUCAGCGCCAUGCAGAUGCAGCGGAGCAGAUCAGACUCCUGCGGGCCUCACAUGAGGCUAUACAGGCUUGA